AUGGCCAUGGACCCCCAGAUGAACAAGCUCCUCAAAUGGAGUGUCGCCAACUCUCAGGUCUCUGAGGGUGCCGAGAGUGGUACUCCUACUGCCCCCGAGGCCGCCAAGGGCCUCACCCCGGAUAUGGUCAGAACAUUGUUCGGAGGACCUUCCGAGGCCGAUCUCAUGCGCGCUGCCAUGGAGGUCGUGCACUCUGACGAGGCAGACAUGGAGAACAAGUUGAUCGCCAUGGAUAAUUUCGAGCAGUUGAUUGAGGGAAUCGACAACGCGAACAACCUUGAGCCCAUGGGUUUGUGGACCCCGCUGGUGCAGUUGCUCAAGCACGAGGAGGCCGAUCUGCGACGCAUGGCGGCCUGGUGUAUCGGAACUGCCGUGCAGAACAACGAGAAGGCCCAGGAUAAGCUCGUUCUGAUGAACGUUUUCCCCGAUCUCGUCACAAUCGCCACAACCGACUCCAACCCCGCUGCCCGCAAGAAGGCCAUAUACGCCAUCUCCUCUGCCACCCGCAACUACCAGCCCGCUUUCAACGAGCUUCUCAAGUGUCUUCCUGAGGGAUAUCCCGCCGACAAGAAGGACGCUGGCAACAUGGACGACGUGGACGCCAUCAUGGACAAGCUGCGGGCUCACCCCAUCGAUGCCUCGGCAUGA